CUAGUGGGAACUACGGGCACUCGAUGAAAGAAACCGUCAAUUUGCUUUAUAUUAAUAUAUUUGCUAUUCUACUUGUGAUAGAGAAAAACACACACAAAAAAGGUGUAACCUAUGAAGUGUGGAGUGUAUUCCUCUUACCUGACCUGAACUCACCUGAAACCAGUCGAGCUUUCUUUGUAUUUCUUCGUCUUCAUCCUGACAUGUUUGCCAAAGUUUGGUCAGACUUUGAGCAAAGAUUUCGGUUCAAACUACUUUCACUGAAAUUGUGGUUUCAGUCUGCCUUCCCCAUAUCUGUGAGUCCUCCAAUGGCUGCCGAUGACUACAACCCUGUCUCCCUCCGACACAAAUCCAAAAAGAAGAACCGAGGAGGCAAUGGUACAAUGAGCAGAAGACGGAUCUCGGUCAAAGAGCUGGGUCACCCAGACCACCAGGGCUGGCUGUACAGGAAGAAAGAAAGCAAAGGCUUCCUGGGGAUCAAAUGGAAGAAGUACUGGUUUGUGCUGAAGAAGACGGCUCUCUACUGGUAUACCAACCAGCUUGCGGAAAAAGCUGAAGGCUACAUUGAUCUCACCAACUUCAUGAUAGACAUAGCCAUGGAGUGCAAGAAGAAACAUGCGUUCAAAGCCUGCCAUCCUCAGGUCAUGAUGUUUUAUUUUGCUGCUGAGAACCACGAGGACAUGAAUGUGUGGUUGAAUAAGCUUGGAUUAGCUUCCAUUCAUUAUGAGGCAACAAAUCAAAACACUGCAGCUGAGUGUUAUAGUGAAGCCAGUGACCACGAAGAAGCUGAAACCACAGAGAUCCCUCCUCCACCAUACUCUGAGCAGGGUCUGCGGGACCCUGUGGGUACGUCUGAGCCACCUGGUAGCACAAAUCAGGGUACGCUUCCUCCCCCUUACUCAUCUGCAGCCCCAAGUGAAGCCAACGGUUCCCUCUCCUCACCGGUCAGUACAAUGACAUCGCAGAGCUCUGCCUCCUCCUUGCUCGCCAAGCAGCGGCAGUCCUGGUUGGACCUGGUCUCACAGGCGUCUCCUCCAGCUGGGGAAACAGCUGUGGUGUGCUCAGUUCAGGUUCACUCACAUCAAGCCCCGCAAGAAGAGACAGAGAAGGAGACGGCGUUGGCGAGAUCGGCCCCCGAGCACUAUUCAGACUCAACUGGGUCCAAUGACGAAAGCACUGCGGCGGAGGUCGAGGAACAGAGGGAUGUUUUAGGGGCCAGAGGUGAAGGCCAACAAGGAAAGAGUUCAGAUGAGAUGGAGAAGCUGUAUAUCCAUCUAAAAGAGGCAAGCCUCUCGCCAAUAGGAGAUCGUAAACCAUCCACGAAAAGAGAAUUCAGGGCCUCUUUCAUAAAACGCUGUAAAAACCAGACGGUCAAUGAUAAGCUGCACCUUGUCAGGACACUCAACAGCACAUUAAAGGCAAAAGAAGCAGAUUUACAAGCAAUAGAGCAAGUGCUUUUGGACCCAGAGCUUACGUCUAACAAGUUCAAAGGAUGGAAGGAGGCCAAUCCAACCUUGGUGCAGGAGAUCUGCAACAAAGAUGGCCACCAGGUGGCGCCAGAAUCAGUAAAUUCUGCACCAAUCAUCGUCUCUGCUCCUGUGGUAGAGACUAGUUUAUAAAACUCCUCAUUACUUUUUUUUGCCAUGUUUUGGACUGUCAUGACUUCUGUCAUUUACUAUGAACACACACACUGCUGUUAUUCAGUCUGAUACUUUGGUUCCAUACAAGUGGAUAUUUAAGUGCUAUGCAGCACAUAAUGAUCCAUGAAGAGUGUUUUUUAUUCCAAGAUGAAGAUAGAAAUUUACAAUAGACAACUUGCAUCAAAAUGUGAAUUGCAUUUAGUGUUACUUUUCCUGUUCAGUUUGUGGUAUUAGAAAAUUUGCAAUUUAGUGUUUUUAAUGCACGCACUCUUACUGUUAAGAAUAGUGUAGCCCAUUAAAAUGAUGGAUGCAUUAUUCUCUGUGUGGAAACACUUGAUUUUAUGGACUGAUUUAUCUGCUUUUUGAAUUCAUAUGGAGAGAACAUUUUUAACAGUUUUCUUCCAGUUACUGGUGCCAUGCACCACCCUUUCCUGUUAUACCUGCCUUACAGCAAUGAUUUGUAUUUUGUAUGCUCCUGAGUUGAUAUUUUGCCUAUCAGUAAGACUUUUCAGACUGAACUGUAAUGCCUGUGCAAAUAUCACAGAUACUGUUUCAAAUUUAAAGGAAUCAGAUCCUCCUUUUGCUGUAGCUUAAUUUAAACAACCAUUAGUAGAUGAUUGUAGUCAACUAAAUCAAAACACACCUGAAGAGAUCCAACAAAUGCAGCAUUUUAACUUCAAACGUUGACUAUGUGAAACAAUGUGACAAAGACUUGCUGAAUAUAUUUAACUUAGUGUGUAGCAGUAUUUAUUAGCAUUUUAGCACAAGUAGCUUGGUGGAUGAUCUAGAAAUCCCCAGGACCAUGUAAACCAGUCUGGUGUACUACCCUGUGCUAGUUCAGUGCUGCCAUUCAUUCAUGAGCAUGAGGCAUUAUGAAAUUUCCCAGUAAUAGGUAAUUGGUUUAGUAAUCACGGACCAAACCUGGACCUAUUACAAGGGAUUUGGCUUUCCUUUACACAAUGCAUUUUGCCCUGCCUUGAAUUUCAUGUCUUAUGCAUGUUUAUAUUUUCACAUGGUGUAAAUAAUUGUACAAUUAUGUAUGUUAACUGUUUUCAGCUAUGGUAUGAAAGUCUGUGUGCUGUUUUUGUAUACAUGGAAAUAAAGAAUUGUCACAAUUUC